AUGGCCGAAGACGAUCAUGAUGAGCGCCAUUGUGAUCUACAGCUGCCCGGGCCGUCCGACUUGGUCUAUCCACUUGGGCUUCCUGGGAACGCAUCGAUGCUAGACCUCCAUGAUCACCCCUGCCACCGCGAGUUGAAGCUUUACGACCACCGCGAGUUGAAGCUGUACGACCACCGCGAGUUGAAGCUGUACGACCACCGCGAGUUGAAGCUAUACGGCCACCGCGAGUUGAAGCAGCACGACCAGCGCGACUGGUUCGUGAGUUCGACGACCUACUGGCUUCACGACGCGCAGCGUUAA